UUUGAUUAAUUGGACAACUGAAAAGUUUUCAAUAUGAUUAAUGUAUGUAGGUUGUGUGGUAGCAACUCGAACGAUUUAAUCAACAUUUUUUCUAAAGACAGUGAGAGUGUACAAUAUAUUACUAAAAUUAAAUCAUGUUUUCCAAUUUUGAUAUACCGUUCCGAUCCAUUAUCCAAAUACAUUUGUUCUACUUGUGGCGAAAAAAUAGAUUCAUUUUAUCAAUUCAAAUCGGAAAUCAUUGAAAACAAUAAACAGGCAAUAAAUAAUUUACUUGCUUAUAAAGAUAGCAAUGGUGUUGAAAUUUAUUUAAACUCGUUAAAAACAUACAAUGGAUUGGAGGAAAUUAAUAAAAUCAAAAAAUUAGAACUAGAAGAAAAUGAUGUUCCAACUAAUAAUAUUCAUUCUGAAGAUGAUGAUUCAUGUAAAUCAUCAAAUAAUAAUGCAGCUAUAAUCGCUGAAUUGUUAAAGCUUCAAUCUGAAACUGAGAAAGAACUUUCAGCUGCUGCAAAUCGAGAUCAAUCAUCUUUACUAAAAAUACUAUCUCCAACUAAUAUUAACAAUACUGCCGUGUCUGAAGAUGAUGAUAUUAAAAAACGACUAAACGAAAUAGUUAAAACAGAAAGUAAACCACAGUUAUUCGAACCAAAAACAUUACUUCAAUUAGCGUUACACACUAUAAAUCUAAAAAUUAAUCCAAAUUACCAAGCUGAAGAGAAGAUGAGAUUAAAAAUGCGAGCAAAACGACGUGAAUUUAUUGAAUUUGAACGUAGAUGGAAAUUAUCAAUGUCCAGCCGAAGUGUAAAUAAGCGAACAUUCGAUGAAUGUAUUCCAGUGUUUAAUAAUUUAUUGAAUACAUGGCAACCACCGAUCAAGCAGAUUAAAUUGGAAUCAAUCAAUCCAUUAGCUCCAGAAAUUUGUAUUACGCUGAAAAAAACAGAGGAAACUAAAAAUUCGAAUUCGAAUGGUUUGGAUAUUCGAUUAGAAUAUCCUCAAAAUAGAUGUAGAUAUUGCUUUAAAGAUUUUUGUGACAUCCAACAGUUAGCCUUACACGAAGGUUCAUGUCACAUUCAAGUAUUUGUUGGAGCACGAAUUGAUUCAGAUUUUUGGCGUGAUUACGAGGAAAAUAUGGAUAUUCGUAACAAAUGGUUAGAACGGCGAAAUGAUUAUGAUUUCAGUUCUACUUUACAAAUCAAAGAAGAAUUAUUUAGUGAUGAAGAUGAGGAAGAAGAAGAAGAUGAUAUCCCAGAACCAAUUCAAGUUGAAGUUGAAGUAAAUAUUAACGAAGAAGAUGAUCCAAUGGAAGAUAUAAAUGGAGAAGCGGAAAUGGUUGACUAUGAAGAUAGAAAUAUGACGUAUGAAGAUACUUCAUAUACUGAAAGGCCAUACGAAGAGAGACCUCAAGAACAAGAAGCAGAGAGCUACGAAAUGGAACCAUUAAAUGUAGAUGAAGGUAAAGUUGGAGAUGUACCAUUUCAUUCGCUUUCCAAAAAAGAACGUUUUCAAUAUUACAAAAUUGUGUACGAAUCUGGACUUAAACGACGAGAAUGUCCAUUCUGUCGACGAUCGUUUAAAGAUGGUUGGUCUGUGGAUGAUCAUAUUUUAAAAAAUCGAUGUCGGUUUAUUUGCCCAUUUUGUCAUACAUACUUCCAAAAAGAAGAGCAUGACACGUUUUAUCGUCAUUUGGACGAACAUAAACACGAACCAAAUUACCAUAAGCAUACAGCUCGUUGGAAAAAGAAUAUUAUUCGAUCACAACAAUUAUUCCGUAGUCAACAGAUGCAACAAAUGUAUCAACGGUCAGUUAAAAUAGAACCAAUUAAAAUGAAAUAUUUACUUGAACGGCAAAAUAAUUCUCCACCAAUGAACAAACCAGAACAGCAACGACCUAUGGCAAUGAUCCCACCACAUCUUUUAGGCUUACAAAUGUCCGGUGGUAGUGAUAGCGGUAACAGUCAAGACGUAAAGCGUGUGGCGAAACCAUACCGUAGUUACUACUGUCGUAAUUGUUAUAAAAUAUUCUAUCAAGAACACGAUUUAAAUUUACAUUACCCAAAAUGUUGUGAAGAAAAUCCAGCUACUGAAAUUGGUCCACCAAAUGGUUUGGAUAUGAAUUCGGAUACACCAAGUAAAACUGAAUUUGUUCCGUUUACGGAAAGUAGUUCAGAAGCUAGUCCUGCACCGAAACAAGUAUUUCGAUGUGGAUUUUGCCCAGCAGUAUUUUAUAAUAGUAAUGCGCGUAACAGUCAUAUGCGGGUGCAUAAAGAGAAAUUAUAUAAAAAGAAACCACCAAUGAUGGUUAUGGGCGGACAGCAACAUAGCCAACAACAACAUUAUCAACAAUUACCCCAAUUACAACCAAAACCUGCCCAAGCUGCCCCACCUCGAGUAAUGGAUGAAAAUUUAGCACGAUUAGCUUCAAAUCCACAUAUAACAAUCAAACCUAGCAAUGUGAAAAAAUCAAGUCAACCUCAGGAAGAUAAUUCAUCAGCUGCUUAUCCUCGCAUGCUCCAACACUUAGUAGAACCAGUUAUGGUAACUGAACGUAGCUUUCAGUGUAACCCCUGCGGAACAAGCCAUCCAUCACAAAAAGCUUUGUAUGAACAUAAACGAACUUGUCCGGAAACGUUAGCACAGAAUGCUGGUUAUUUAACAUUACCAUUGGCUGGAAAUGAUAGAAGAAAAUUCCGUUGUACACAAUGUAAUAGACGUUUCAAUUCAAAAGGAAAUUUGAUGUUCCAUAGGAAAAGUUGUCAAGGUCGAGGUGCAAGUGCUAGCAGUGGCGGAGGACAAGUGUUUGAAUGUCCAUUUUGUAAAAGAAAGUUCGCUACAGAAUCUCAAUAUACAACUCAUAUUUUGUAUAAUCAUCCUGAAUGAUUUGCAUACAAAAUUAUUAAUUGUAUAUAGUUUAACUGUUUUAAAAUCUUGCAAAAGUAUAAUUAAACAUAGGUUAUCUUCUUUUUUUUAAUUUCAUUUUAUUAUUAAAUGUGAGUAUGUGGAAGCAUUUUAAUCAAAUUUUGUCUUUAAAACAAUUAGAAUUUAUACCAUACAUUGUACAGAUUUAUCAUAUUAAUUUUUUAUCAAGAAAAUUAAUUGUUUCUGAUUUUAACAAUGAAUUAAUCAUAACUGUAAACAAAAAAAUUGAAUCACAGGGAAGUUUGAUUAGAAAUAUCAGAACAUUCCAUUUGAACCAAUUUGACAUUUCGUCUCUUUAUUGAAACUUCUUCAGCAACUUCAAAUUAUAAUUAUCAAAAUUACAAUAUAACCUAGAAAACAAAAUUGCCCAAUAAACGCGAACGGAAUUUUAAAAUGAAAAUUGAAAUAUUAAUUCAAAUUGAGAAAAAUUAAAAUUGCGAUGUGUGCCCUCUGGUAGUGGGUAGGUUUUUUAUAAUCUGCCAUUUUUUGAGUAAUGUCCACCUUUCUUGCAAUCGUAUAGAAAUCAUUUUCGUAAAAUUUAUUCUCUUUUUUAAUU